UAAGUUACAUAUAAUUCAGUGGACCCUUCCUGUGGAAGAGUUCAUUGUACUUUGCACUUUUCUGGAAUAGUUCAUCAGAUCCCAAGAGCAGUAGACUUCAAAGGGCUUGUAACGAAAGGAUCCCCUUAAACUGGACACAGAAUCACAAAACAAACAGAAGUUACUAUUCAUUAUUAUCCAAAAAUGGAUCAACAGGAAUUGUCUUUAUUUGAUUUGUCACGGAAUGGCCAUCAAACACACCCUUCAGAAGACAAUGCUCUCCCUGCAGCUGAAAACAUGGGUGAAAGUGAUGAGAAUGUGGAGCGAGGCAACUGGUCUUCAAAGACAGAUUACCUGCUUUCAUUGGUCGGCUGUGCUGUGGGACUGGGCAAUGUUUGGAGAUUCCCUUACCUGGCUUACAGGAAUGGAGGAGGAGCUUUUCUUAUUCCCUAUAUACUCAUGCUGCUAUUCAUUGCGAUGCCGAUGUUUUUCUUGGAAACGUCCUUAGGGCAAUUUUCCAGCCUUGGACCUGUUGCAGUGUGGAAAGUUGUGCCAAUGCUACAAGGUGUGGGGAUUACGAUGGUCCUCUUCAGUACAAUUAUUGACAUUACCUACAACUGCAUCAUCGGCUACAGCCUGUUCUACCUGUUUGCCUCCUUCCAAUCCCCUCUGCCGUGGUCAGACUGCUUCAGCUGGUGGGGUGCAGAUGAAACCUGCAGCAGGACACCCAGAGAUCCACUCUGCAAUCUCACUCUAGACAAUGGGUAUUCUGAAAUCGUUAAUACAAUGUGGCUGCAGAGAAACAACAGAACUUGCUCCAAUGAAUCUGAAAUCCACGUUCCUCACCAGGGCCCAAGUGAACAGUACUGGGAAAAAUUCGUUUUACGGCGAUCAAGUUCAGUAGAUGAGACGGGUCAGAUAGUCUGGUUCUUAGCCCUCUGUCUGCUUCUGGCCUGGCUUAUUGUUUGUGGAGCACUUUCUAAAGGAAUCAAAUCUUCAGGAAAGGUGGUUUAUUUCACUGCAACAUUCCCAUAUGUGGUUCUGACUGUACUUCUGAUCCGAGGACUGACCCUGGAGGGAGCCCACAAAGGGCUUGAUUUCUACUUUGGAAGCCAAUCAGAUUUCUCAAAGCUGGGAGAUGCUGAGGUCUGGAAAGAUGCUGCAACACAAAUAUUCUAUUCUCUUGCAAUUGGUUGGGGCAGUUUAAUAACCUUGUCAUCCUACAACAAAUUCCACAACAACUGUUACAGAGACACCAUCACAGUCUGCCUCAUUAACUGUGCUACAAGUGUGUUUGCUGGAUUCGUCAUUUUCUCCAUCCUUGGACACAUGGCUCAUGUAGAAGGCAAGCCUGUUUCAGAAAUUGCUCAAUCAGGUUUUGGUUUGGCUUUUAUUGUGUACCCAGAGGCUCUUGCUCAGCUGCCAGUGGCCCCUCUCUGGUCCAGCUUGUUUUUCUUCAUGUUGAUUACUCUGGGACUCAGCAGUCAAUGUGUUGCAGUAGAGGCAGUAAUAACAACUCUCCUGGACCAGUUCCCUCGGCUUCUGCGACCAAGGCGUUUACUUCUCACAGCUGCUGUUUGCCUGUCAUUUUAUUUCCUCAGCUUGACUUGUGUAACACAGGCUGGAAUUUACUGGAUGAAUUUAAUUGAUCAUUUUUGUGCUGGAUGGGGAGUUCUUAUCACUGGCAAUCUGGAACUUAUCAGUUUAAGCUGGAUAUACGGGGUAAACAGAUUCAUCAAAGACAUUGAGAUGAUGAUUGGGGAGAAGCAUGGGCUUUUCUGGCUGUGGUGGAGAAUGUGCUGGUCUUUAGUCUCACCAUGCAUGAUGAUGGCAAUUGUAAUCUGGUCUCUGGCAACAUUUGCCCCACCAAAGUAUGGUGCAGUUGAGUAUCCUGUCUGGGCAAUGAUACUCGGCUGGUGUAUGAUAGUCUUCUGUAUUAUGUGGAUCCCCAUCAUUGCCAUUAAGAGAAUUGCCCAAACAGAGGGCACCACUUUGUGGAAGAAAAUUUCUGCCGCUUGCACAUCAGCUCCUGACUGGGGUCCGUACUUGGAACAACACAGAGGGGAAAGAUACCGAAACGAGCCUGGUUCUGCAAACGUCCCAAACAGCCUGCAGCUCCUGGAGUUAUAGAGACAAACAGACACCUGCCACUACACCUCCUACCUCACCAUCAUUUCAUCAGUGAUUCUGUCAGAGUUGACUACUUUAUCUGGUGCUUCCAGUGGACCUCCUCCACAUCAGUAAGAUCCGGUUUAGACUGGGGAACUGCUUCAUUGAGCACUUUUGCUCCAUCAGCCACAAAAGUCGAUUUCCCAGUGGCCAACCAUUUGAAUUCCAUUUCCCAUUCCCAUUCUUACAUGUCGGUUCAUAGUCUCCUCUACUGCCAUAAUGAGACCACUUAGCCAUUCUCUUUUCCUUACCACAGGGGUCCACAACCUUUUUUGCACUGCGGACUGGUUUAAUAUUGACACUAUUCUUGCGGACCGGCCGACCGGGGAGGUGGGUAGGGUUGCCAACGGACAAGAGUAGCAAUCAAAUACGUUGUGUUUACCCUGAGAAAGACUACAAUGACCAUGAAGCCUUGCGCGGGCACCAGUGUGCAUGCAUGUACGUGCCAAUUUUUUUUCUACAAAUCGUUUUUGGCUAUUCUGUUCGCGGGGUGGUGGGGGGGUGUUAAUCACGACCAGAAUAUAGGUGAUAAGUGGCUAAUACACUCAAUUUCGUCUCUGAAAGGGAUUAUCUAACGAAUUUAAUAUUAAAAACACAACGCAUAUUUUCCUUGCAUGAAUAUAGGGUGAUAAGUCAAUUAUCAGGGGAGGACAGGGGAGCUUGAAGUAAGUGUGGAACGAGCUUCCAGUAGAAAUGGUAGAGGCAGGUUCGAUAUUAUCAUUUAAAGAAAAAUUGGAUAGGUAUAUGGACAGGAAAGGAAUGGAGGGUUGUGGGCUGAGUGCAGAUCGGUGGGACUCAGUGAGAGUAGCGUUCAGCACGGACUAGAAGGGCAGAGAUGGCCUGUUUCCGUGCUGUAAUUGUUAUAUGGUUAUAUAAGUCAAUAGCAUCAUAACAUUUUAAGUAACGUUUGGAUAUUAAACACACGGCACAUAUUUUCCCCGUAUGAACAUAUAAAAUCAUUGCAACACACCAAUAUCGCUGAAUCAGUGGGAGCCCUGGGCUUGUUUUCCUGCAACAAGAUGGUCCUAUCGAGGGGUGAUGGGAGACAGCGAUAUUCGAAGGGGGUUCCUUAUGUCCAGUCUAUUCCGCAGUUUAGUUUUCGUUGCAUUCAUUGCAGAAAUAGGUUGGAAAUGGAAGCAACGUUUUGAGUGCUUUCAUGGCUAUCUCAGGAUAUUUAGCCUUGACUUUGAUCCAGAAUGCCGGCAGAGAUGUUAUGUCAAACGUACUUCUCAGCCCACCGUCAUUUGCAAGCUCGACGAGUUGAUCUCCUUCCCGCGCUGCCAUGGAUGAUGUGUGGGUCACGACCUCGCAUGCGUAAUGACCUCGCGUGCGUUCAAGCUCAACAGUGUGUGACAGGGAAUGAGGAAAGGUGCAGCUGACUCAUAUCGCCAAAUCAUAUCGUUUCCUCGCGGCCCGGUAGCACAUGCUCUGCGGCCCGAUGGUUGGGGACCGCUGCCUUACCAGACCAUCUCUUCCCUCUGGUACCCCUCCUCUUUAUCUGAUGGCCCACUGUCCUCUCUUAUGAUUCCUUCUUCUUCAGCCCUUUCCCUCUUGCAGCUAUUACGUCCAGCUUCUUACUUCUUUAACCAUCACCCCCACUUACACAACUUCCCCCUCACCUGGUCUCACCUGUCAUCUUUACUCCUUCCCCUACCUUCUUAUUCUGGCUUUUUCCCCUUCCUUUCCAGUCCUGAUGAAAGAUCUCAGCCCAAAACACUUUACCUUUAUUUCUGUCCAUAAAAUGUUGCCUUCACCUGCUGAGUUCCUCCUGCUUUUGUGUUUGUUGCUCUGGAUUUCCAGCAUCUACAGAAUCUCUUCUGGUUAUAGAGCCAAACAGCAUGGGAACACGCCCUCAGCCCCACAUGUCUGUGCUAAUAAUGUUGCCCUGUAUCCUAGUUGUCCUUCCGUUUUAAAUUUUCAGAGUAAAUUUCCAAUAAAUUUCUAAACUGUUCCCUGGAACUCUGCAAUUUACUGCUACAGUGAUGUCAGUGGGAGUUGUCCUGAACAAGCAACACUUGUGUUACAUUUCAUACUUCUUCAUAACAUUGUAAGAGGCUAGUUGUCCCACCAAUCUAUGCCGGCUGUCAGAAAACUCCUAUCUCCCGCUAAUUCUUCUGAACUUACUCUUUCACCCAUACCCAUUAACGCCCACCUGAUGCUCUGACUACCCCUAGAAACUAGGAAUUAUUUACAGGGACCAUUAAGCUGAUGGCCAGUGAAAAGAAGCUGCAGCACCUAGUCACAGGGAGAAUGGGUCAACUCCACAGCUAUCACCAGGAUCGAACCCAGGUCUCUGCAUUACCAGCAGCACUACCACCUUUGUGUGGUUCUUUUUGCUGCAAGCCUUAGUGAUUUCUGCUGGAUCCUCUGCUUUAUCUUUUUCCAAUAAACCUCUUUAUUGUUGUCUGAAUUAAUUUUUGUUCAUACUUGUUAAUUACUUGUACGUUCUUGCCUCUUGGUCAUCUAAUGUUUGCGUAAAAUUUUGCAGUAAACUUCAUAAGUGAAAAGCGUAAGAUUUCUUUUCAGUUCUCUGUGGCUUUGUCUGAAUGUUGCUCAAGAAAAUAGUUAAGAAUCAGGGCACUAGCAAACGAAAGACUAUAAUGCUGGACAAUUUUACCCUUAAAUGGACCCCUGUGUCAAUUUGAGUGAUCAGCAUUUCAGUAAGAAUAUCCCAGUCAGGAUGAAGGGGCCAUACCAUGAAAGAGUUUGCGGGGGUCAGAUAUGUACACCUUGGGAUAGGACAAGUUAACUGGACAUCUGACAGUGUUUAAGCCUUUGAAGGAAAUAAAAUAAAAAGGAGGCUGUUUCAAACCUGUGGAAGUGUUGACGAACUAUUGGACACAGAUUUUGGCCAAUAAGCAAUAGGAGCAAAUGUAACAAGAAGAAAGACGCAUCACAGAUUAUUAUUAUCUUACUGAAGGGCUGGUUGGUGCAGAUUCAACAAUACUUUACCAAAUGCUUUGCUGAUGAAUGAUAUAUUUAAGGCCUCGGGGAAAGGGGAAGAGGUGACACUUAUAGGACCACACCUAUGUGUGUAAUAAACCUCCUUCACUGAUGCAACAUUCUUUGAUUCCUUUAUACAGUUCAAAGUGCCUUGUUUACUUAGAGCCAAUUUUUAGAAAGGCUGGAAAAGCAUACAUUUCAAAACAGACUGCCGAUUUGGCAACCUGGAGCAAAAAAAGCUGUUGGAGGAAUUUAACACAUUUUUCACACAUCACCUCCAGCUCACCUUGAAGAGAGGCUGUCUCUCAUCAUAUCUUGUUCUGCUUAGUCUAUCCUCCCCCUGCACCUUCCCCAGACUCCAUGUGUACAGUCACUGACCAGUACGGUUGCCUUGGCAGAUGCUUUCAUUUGGCACCAGUAUGUUUUGAUGUACAUGUGAUUAAUAAAUCUGAAUUGGAAUCAUAGAAGCUUGCAGGCAACAUUAUUUGUUUCCUGUCAAUGAUAAAUGUUUCUAAAACAUUCAAAAUGAACAAAAGCUAUUCAGUGAUCAAUUGCAAAUGUAAGGGGUUUCUUCUUUUAUGUUACUGUGUAUGUUAAUCAAAAUGGCUUCUUUAUUAUGUUAUAAUUAAAAUGGCUUCUUUGUUAUGUUAAAUGCUGAGAAGGUUCUCUCGCUGCAGCUUGGUUGGGUUAUAUUAUUGAUAAGAGAGCAAAUGAACCAAUGGGUGUCCAUGCUAUUCUUUUUUGGGGUGAUAUUCUGUCUCAUAUGGCUGGGAAACGGUGUUUUUGGUGGGUUUUUGGAGGAGAUACCGGGAGUAAGACGGAUGUGCUGGGAGCGCUCUGGUCAAUAACCCUGGGUGGUCCCAAGCUGCGAGUCGAGGGGGGUCGAGUGUAUCACAGGAUGAAGAGAGAAGACCCCAGGCAUUUGAGCUCCAACUGUGCGCACGAAGAAAUUGAACUUUGAUAAGUCUGGCGCCUUUUUCUUUUUCUUUUAUAUUGUAUCUCUAUUAAUCUCAUCGUCCCAGUAAGAUUUAUAAAGUGUAAUCUGUAAAGUGUACACUGUGUGCGGUCUGAUGUUUGAUGUUUGAGGUCGAACUGGGUGGCAUUGCACAGCAACCGACACAACUGGGAGACACGGUUGGGCGGCGGACGGGAUUUCCCCCAGAUAAAUACGAGCCGAUAUAGCUGAGCGUUACACAAAUAUAAAUACUUAGUGCAAUUUUCCGAUCGGCAUGAAAUGAUCACAGAUCAGCUUUUGUUCCUGCUGAGAUGUAAACUGAUCACUCAGCACAAUGCAAACCAAUUAUUAGAUGAGAAUUUGUACCAAAAAUUGAGUUAUUGACCAGUUGAGUGGAGCAUUGUCUGCCUUUUUGCUAUAUAUUGCAUGUGGUUCCCUUGAAAUCUCAAAUCAAUGAUCAAACCUGCACUCCUUCAUAUGAUUGAAAAUAGGUUUAAAAUUCACGGAGAGGUUUUUCAAGCUUUUUGUUUGACCUGCAGUGUAAAAUAAAUGA